AUGGAAAAGAUUAUUGAGAAGGAUAACGAGCAGGAAGCAUCGCUAUGUGCUCAACAUGCCGUGAAUAUGUUGCUUCAAGGUUCCUAUUUCACAGCUGUUGAUUUGGCCGAAAUCGCUUCGGACAUUGACAGUCGUGAAGGAAGGGUAUUGAAUGAGCAGGAUGUAAUGAGUCAUAAUGUCGAUGACUCGGGUUUUUUCUCGCUACAAGUUAUCGCCGAAGCGCUUAAAGUUUUCAACCUGGAACUUAUUCCUCUUAGUAACCCUCGUGCUGCGGCAUAUCGCGAUGACCCAACGUUAGGACAAGCUUAUAUAUGUAAUUUGAAUGAGCACUGGUUUGCUGUUCGUCGUUUGGGCUUCCAGUGGUUCACGUUGAAUUCGUUGCUUCCAACACCAAGACUUAUUUCUGACACUUAUCUUAGUCUUUUCUUUGCUCAACUAAUUAAUGAUGGUUAUUCGAUAUUCGUUGUAGAAGGGGUCUUACCACUAUGCACUGCAGAUGAACAACUUUCUCAGUUUCCUGUUGAUCCAGCAUUAGCAGGCAUGAAUGAUUCAUUUCAUGAUGACCACUCAAAAAAUCCUGGUGUUGCAAGGAUUGGAAUAGUAUCUAAUGAGCAGGCCGGAGAUGAUGAAGAUUUACGCAUUGCAAUGGAACUGAGUCGCCAAACAGUAAAAGAAAAUUCGGUAUCGAAGGCGGCAGUGAGCAACAAUUUGGCAGAUACACAGAAUAAGAACAGUUUGGGUGAAAGCGAUGAAGAAUUACAGGAAAGGCAGCUUCAAAAAGCUAUUCAAAUGAGCUUGGAGAGUUUUCGAGAGCAAUGUGGGACGGAAUCGUCUGAAGCAACGUCGAGUACAGCUGAAAAUGAUAAAGCAGCGGCAACCAUUAAGGAUAAUAAAGAAAACAAUUUUCAGAUUCCCCAGAGUGAAGAGAUUCGUAGAAAAAGAGAGAAAUUUUUAAAGCAUCUCGAGAAAUGAACUUUUCCAUAUUUCUAUUUAACUCUAUGCCGGUUUGUGUUCAGGAAAGUGUCAUUUGCUUUUAUUUUUUUGAUCUUGUUUGUUUCGGCUUUUAUCACUUUCCCAUUACCAGCUGAUUUUUUUCCUGCACUUCUACUAUCACUAUAUAUUACGACAAAAUUGUUAGAUGAAGCUUAGAGCCUUUGCCCUAUCCUUGUUUAUCAAAUGCAGUCAC